UGGAGGGAGAGUGUGACUGGGGAGACUUGAACAACUUUUGCUCCUCCAGUUAGACUUCUUUUCUAUGGAUCUGAUCUGAGGUUUUGGACACGAGUUUUACUCAGAGCAGAAAGUGAGAAGGCUUCAGUGCAUGCUUGGGUUUGGACUCAAGGAGUUGAUGUGUCCUUGCAUGUGAGUGUGUGUGGGGAGAAUGUCAGGAAUAACUAGGAAAGGUUCUGGGAGACCCAGCUACUACUACAGGCUGCUAGGUCGAACCCGACUCCAGAGGCAACGCAGUCGCUCCAGGAGCAGGACCAGAUCUGCAAAUAAGGAUUCUCCUCCUGAGAAAGCAGGACGGAGGCGGAGCAUGCCCGGCUCCGCCCCUGAUAAAACCCCGACCACAAUGGAACCCACAGCUGCUGCCACGCCCUUUAGAGUUACAGGUUUCCUGAGUCGCAGGUUAAAGGGGUCAAUAAAGAGGACGAAGAGUCAGCCCAAGCUGGACAGGAACAGCAGUUUCAAACACAUGCUGCCAGGCUUCAGACCUGUAGACAACGACAGAUCUCAUCUGAUGCCGAGACUGAAAGAAUCACGCUCUCACGAAUCGUUGCUCAGUCCCAGUAGUGCUGUAGAAGCUUUGGACCUCAGCAUGGAGGAGGAGGUCCUCAUCAAACCUGUACACAGCUCUAUCCUGGGUCAGGACUACUGCUUUGAGGUGAGCACCUCAACAGGAAGCAAGUGUUUCUCAUGUCGCUCAGCUGCCGAGAGGGACAAAUGGAUGGAGAACCUCAGACGAGCCGUUCACCCAAACAAGGACAACAGCCGUCGGGUAGAGAACACCCUUCGGCUAUGGGUGAUCGAAGCCAAAGAUCUUCCGGCCAAGAAGAAGUACUUCUGCGAACUGUGCCUGGAUGAUGCCCUUUAUGCCCGAACCUCUUGCAAGCUGAAAGCAGACAAUGUCUUCUGGGGAGAGCACUUUGAGUUCACCAACCUGCCUGCUGUCCAAAACAUCACUGUCCACCUCUACAGGGACUCGGACAAGAAGAAGAAAAAAGACAAGAACAACUAUGUGGGACCGGUAAACAUCCCUGUCGAAAGCGUGACCAGUCGGCAACUUGUUGAGAAGUGGUACCCUGUUAGCACACCAAACCAAGGGAAGGGGAAGACCGCAGGACCUAUGAUCCGGAUAAAGGCCCGCUACCAAAGUAUGAAUAUCCUUCCAAUGGAGAUGUAUAAGGAAUUUGCUGAAUACACGACCAACAACUAUAUGCUGCUCUGCUCUGUGCUGGAACCAGUCAUCAGUGUCAAGAACAAAGAGGAGAUGGCUUGCGCCCUGGUACACAUCCUGCAAAGCACUGGGAAAGCCAAGGACUUCCUGACGGAUCUGAUGAUGUCUGAGGUGGACAGAUGUGGAGAGAACGAGCACUUGAUCUUUCGCGAGAACACACUGGGCACCAAAGCCAUCGAGGAGUACCUCAAACUUGUGGGACAGAAAUAUCUACAGGACGCACUGGGGGAGUUUAUAAAAGCGCUGUACGAGUCAGAUGAAAAUUGUGAAGUGGACCCUUCAAAAUGUUCAGCCAGCGACCUUCCUGAACACCAAAGCAACCUGAAGAUGUGCUGUGAGCUCGCCUUCUGCAAAAUCAUCAACUCCUACUGUGUUUUCCCACGAGAACUGAAAGAAGUGUUCGCAUCAUGGAGGCAGGAAUGCAGUAAUCGUGGGCGUCCAGACAUCAGCGAACGUCUGAUCAGUGCCUCGUUGUUUUUGCGUUUCUUGUGUCCGGCCAUCAUGUCUCCAUCCCUGUUUAACCUGACGCAGGAAUAUCCAGAUGAACGCACGGCUCGUACACUCACACUCAUCGCGAAGGUCACACAGAACCUCGCCAACUUCACCAAGUUCGGCAAUAAGGAGGAGUACAUGUCCUUCAUGAACCAGUUUUUGGAGCAUGAAUGGACCAACAUGCAACGCUUCCUACUUGAGAUCUCCAACCCUGAGACUAUCUCCAACACAGCCGGUUUUGAAGGCUACAUCGACCUUGGCCGUGAGCUCUCCACGCUGCACUCCUUACUAGCUGAGGUCGUGUCUCAAAUGGAUCAGGCUGCCACCUCCAAACUGGGUCCAUUACCCAGAAUCCUCCGAGAUGUUCACACAGCACUGACUAAUCCGUCAAGUGUUCAGGUGGCUGCGCCAUCUGAUAGCGCUCCAUCCCCUCCGCCUGCUGGGUGCAGUGUCUCUACUAGCCUGCAGAAAAUGACCAUGGACAGUGACCUAUCAGGCCUGGUUGACUUCACCCGUCUCCCUUCACCAACUCCAGAGAACAAGGACCUUUUUUUCGUGACGCGUUCCUCAGGUCUCCAUGGUUCACCCGCCCGCAGCUCCAGCUACUCCGAGGCCAAUGAGCCUGAACUUAGCCUGUCCAAUGGUGCUAAAAGCCUGUCCAUGGUGGACCUACAGGAAGCCACCAGGACCUUGGAACUCAUCCCAGUCACAACAGAAGGUACUGUUGAGAAGCACAUGGUGGCUUGGAACACCCGGACACCACAGUGCAACCCUUCCGGAGGCCCCACGCUCCAGAAAGUGGGGCAGAAGUCAACAAGUACAGCAGGGGAGGUGAUGCCAGGCAGGCCGGUUCAGCUCCUCGCCCCUCUGUCCUUCCAGAACCCAGUGUACCAGAUGGCAGCCGGAUUGCCUUUGUCUCCAAGAGUGCCAACUGGUGGAGACUCUGGCUCAGAAUGUCACAGCUCUCUCAGCUCACACAGCAACAAUGAGGAAGCCGGGUGUGGGAAACUCAGCUUCUUGAACCAUGGGGGUGGGGUUGGGGAUGAGUUGGCCAGACGCUCUGGGGAGUUUUCAAGAAGGCAGCUUUCGCUUACAGAAGCACAGCAUGGAGGAUGCCAACCUGCAGUGCCACGGCAAAACAGUGCUGGUCCCCAGCGCCGAAUCGACCAACCACCACCACCCACACAGGGUGCCGCCCCCCGUGGACGGACUCCACCCAGCAUGCUGAGCUCUGCCCCUUAUGCACGGCCCUCAAGCGGCAGCGCUGUUUCGUCGUCGCCUGAUUGGCCAGGAAGUGGUGCGAGACUUCGUCAGCAGAGCUCAUCGUCCAAAGGCGACAGUCCUGAGACGAAGCAACGGUCACAGCACAAGGCCCCUUCCCCAGUGAUUCCCAGUGCGUUGGAUCGUACGGCUGCCUGGUUGAUGAAUGUACCGUACUUGGAGCAGGACUCGGAGACGGAUCCACGCAGGGACGAUCAGGCACUCAAUGAGAAGUAUCAGGCAGAGAUAUCUAUGCUGCAGGAUCAGCUACGCGUGUGUGUUCAGCAGCUGGAGCAGUGUGAGGCUCGGCUGCACUCUCAAGAUGAUCAGGCUCAACAGUUGCUGCUGCAGUACCAGAACCGUCUGGAGGAAGCUGAGCAGAGACUGCACCGCCAGCAGGAGGACAAAGAGCUGCAGAUGAAGAGCAUCAUUAGUAGGUUGAUGUCUGUUGAAGAUGAGCUGAAAAAGGAUCAUGCUGACAUGCAGGCCAUAGUCGACUCCAAGCAGAAAAUUAUAGACGCCCAGGAAAAGCGUAUAGCUUCUCUGGACGCGGCGAAUUCGAGGCUCAUGGGUGCUCUGUCUCAGCUGAAGGAGCGCUACAGCAUGCAGACGCGCAACGGGAUCUCGCCCACAAACCCCACCAAGCUGCAGAUCACUGAGAACGGAGAGUUUCGCAACACCUCUAACUGCUGAAGCCAAAACAGAGAAACAUUCACGUCUUAAUCCGACCUGAACAAAUGGAUCAGGACAAGGAGACCCAACUUGACAUCACUGGAGGAGAAAGAGAAGCUGUUUUUUUUUUUUUUUGACUGUCUCUUGAACCCAUUCGAGUUCUUUUGGAUGAAAGGGGAACUGUUUGAAAAAGUUGCUCAAUUCUAUUGGGACAAAGACAAUUGAAUGAAACCUCAGACUUGUGGCUGUGACCUAGCAGUAGUGUCUGCUAGUUCAGUUUAGGACAAACCACUAGAUGUAACUCUCUAUCAUACAUCACUUUAUCAAUGUGGACACUACAACCUGAUGUAGCUGGAGUGCUCAAUCCCUCAACAACCAAAUCGUUCAUAUCGGAAAAGGUCAUUCUCGGAUGCUUGAAGUAUUACAGAAAUACCAAGCUUCUUCAGGACAUGUGAACUCUUUCUCUUACACAGACUCUGCUCUUUCAGACUGCUCCACUUCACCCAUAUGCGUGCACUUUGUAAGCUAUUAACAUGAUAAGCCUUAAAAAAUGAACUGCAACUCCUUUAUCCCUCAAUCUGUGUCUAUAAAGUAGAGUCAGAAGUAUUAUUUAUUUUUAAACCUAGUCUUGGCAAGAAAUGAACAGUUAAUAGUUAUACUCUGGAUGUACUCUAUACAGAAUGCACACACAGGUAGUACGUCACACAGUACUUCAGUAAUGAAAAAAAUCGCUGAGUAGUUUAAUACCAAAUGGUAUUUCAAUAUAUACAGUACUGUGCAAAAGUCUUCGGCACCCUUUUUGUUUUUCAUACAAACUUUGUUAUAGAUUUCUAUUUUAUGACUUCUACAUUAUCGAGUCAGUACAAAAACAUUUUAGAGUUCCAAACGUUCGUUUUCCAGCACAAAAUUAAAUGUUACAGGGAAUUUUUUUUUUUUAAUCUGAGCAGGAUAUUACAUAAAAGACCACUUUUUAGAUUAAAAAACAAAACAAUGAAGGCUGCUGGGUUUUGGUGCAAAAGUAAGAAGUGACUGUGACGGUCAAAGUGUCCAGAAGAACUGUGGCUGGUUCCUACCAGCUCAUUUCCUUAUAAAACUGCACUCAUUGUAUAUUGUACCCAUCGCACACCAAAUAUUGACUUUGUUUCAUUUAUUACGGCUUACUGUUUCUAGUAAUUUUUUAAUGUUGAAACAUGUCAUUUCAUUAUUUUUAAGCCAUUUUUGGUCGACAGCAUUUCUUUACAUGUGCCUAAGACUUUUUCACAAUACUGUACGUCAAUAGAAUAUUAUCAAUAUAUCACCAAGCUCACCUCUUAAAGCGUCAAUAUUUUUCACUUUACACUUUAUUCUGCUAGCUAUGCCAUUUCCUGACAAAUUUUCUACUCUGUCAUUUUUUACAUCCACAUACAGAUAUACUUUACUCCACUUUACUCAAUCGAUACUUCCUGAGACUUUGUUAAUGACUCCAGACAGCAAGUAUGCAGUCAGUUCCCGUUCGUAUACAUUAUUUAUUAGUCUUUAUGCUUAAAAUGGCCUCCAUGGACUCAUUAUGAUUUUUUUUUUCCUGUAACUUGCCAUGAAAAUGAAAGCAUCAGUUAAAAUGUUAGUGAGCAUCUUGGCAGCACCCACAACCAUGAAUUCGACAUACAUUUGCACACAACCUUUGUGUGUUGUUUUGUGUCUUCUUCCUUUGAAGGCAGUGAUUUUUUUUUUUCCUUACGUGUACAUGUGGUGCCAGGUUUAGUCUGUAGGCCUUCAGCGUAUCUAGAGCUUGUAUAUUUUUGUAUUUCUGUUCAUAACUGCUUAAGGAACCACAUGCAGGUAUUUAUGACGUGCACUGUGGUGAAAUGUGACGCUGAAGCUUUAAUUCAGCCAUUUCCCCCCCCACCUCAAUGAAACAUGAGAGACAAAUGUGGCUUUCUUUAUUUGACUGCAAAUAAUCUAGCGAUGCAACAGGCCUGGACCUUGGGAACUCAGCAAAUGAAAAUGGUAUCGCUAUUUUUACAUGUUCUUUAAAAAAAAGAAAUAGAAAAGGUCUGUCUGCUGUAGCAAGGCAAGAGGUGUGUCCUGUAAAUAUUCUAUAUAAAAAAUUAUAUAUAUAUAUAUAUAUAUAUAUAUAUAUAUAUAUAUAUAUAUAUAUAUAUAUAUAAACUUCAACAUGCGUUCUGCUGAUAGGACUUAGAGAUUCCAUUUCCUAUAAUGUUACUGCUGUUUAACUGCGAUGUGUCAUUUUAUUUUUUAUAUCCAAUCGUGAAUGCAGUUGUCCCGCUGAUUUAUUAAUAUACAUUGUGAUCAUGAUGCAAAAGAUUUGUUUAUCCCGAGGGUUUAUAGAAUACAGAAGCACAAAAACCUAUAAUUUUAUUCUGCCCUGUUAAACACACAUUAAGCCUAUGCACUUUUUUUAAAUGACAUCUAGUCCUUCUUGAAUGGAAAGUACAGUACAAAAUGCUUCCUCAAGUUAGAUCAGACUUCCUGUUAGAAACAGGGGAAAAAUAAGCAGUGGUAGCUGACUACAACUCAUCGUUCUACUGAUUGUGUUGGACCACCUGACUGAGUUGAACCAACUGAUUGAGUUGAGCCAACUGAUUGGUGACUGAGUUGAACCAACUGAUUGAGUUGAACCAACUGAUUGGUGAUUGAGUUGAACCACCUGACUGAGUUGAACCAUCUGAUUGAGUUGAACCAACUGAUUGAGUUGCAUUAACUGAUUGGUGAUUGCUGAUUGAAUUGAACCAACUGAUUGGUGGUGAGCUCAAAGCUUCAAACUGCCCUAGAGCUGCUGUUUUGUGCUUGGACCCCCAAAUGCUCAACAACAAGCUUGCUUAACAUUAUAAGCACUUUGUGCUCAUAAGUGUCCCUUUGAAAUAAACGUCAAUCUGGAUUGAGAAAGUAGUGGAUACAAGUUUGAACCAUGUAGCAAAUACAAGUUUGAGAAAUAAAUAAGGCUUCCUUCACUAUUUUGAAGGAAACACCCCACUUCAGAGGAAUAAAUCCAUAGUCAAAAUUAAGGUGCUCGUUUAUGAAUGAACAGCCCUGAAACGGAAGCACUUUCUGGAUUUAAAAAAAUAAAUAAAUUCUAAUAUGUUUGGUGCUUUACUUCUUUUUGUAGCCAGUGACAUAUAAAUGAACAUGUCCUGUAGCUGUUCUGCAUUUUAGCACUAUUUAAAUCUUAAAGCAGUAGCCAUGCUUAAAGCCCAUAUUUCAGUCACUCACAUCCGACUGAACUGUAAGCGUUGCCAAAUGACAAUCUAUUCUGAACAUCACUGUUUGCUAAGUGAGUGAUUCAUUAUGUUGAUUCUUAUAUACAGUAUCGCGUACAAUGAAAAUAAUUCACGAACGUCUCCAGGUCCUUUUUCGUUUAGCUCUAGACUGUCAGAUAUCUCAGUGGCAUAUACCUGUUCUCAGCAGUCGAUGUGAUAUAUAAGCUUUGUCAAAAGAGACAUCAAUCUCUAAGUGAAUAUAAGACUAUGUUAUAUGUUGUAUAAUCCUUGUAGAGAAACUUUUGUAAGUAUGUUUAAAGUAUUGGCUUCUUUUGAGGAUGAUGAGAACAAUAAUGUACAGAGAGAUAUGUCCAUGUUAAGAACUAUGAAAAUGUGGCUGUGCAAUUUAAUGUACAUUGGCAACUAGGAUAAUUAAAGUUUUAUUUAGAUAUUUUA